ACAUACCCCUCCUUGCCAUAAAUCCAGGCUCCAGUUUUCCGGUCCAGGAAGUCUGGGUCAAGGGCAGGCCCCGUUUCCUAAAACCCGGCUACCUCACCACCCGAUCCGUAGCGCUGCCAUCUGUCUAGCAUUCCGGUUAAGACGCUCCGGUUAACACUGUAACCGAACUUCCGCCUUCGGGUCUUCCUCUCCGCCUUGGAACAUCCCGCUGACCACCGUGCCCGCAACUCAGACUCCGCGCCUUCACUUCCAGCACCUCGCGUAGCGGACUCCUUCCAGCGGGCACGCGCAGGGCUUCGCGGGCUUUCUGGGAAAUGUAGUCCUCCCCGAGAGCGCUGCCAUGCUGAGUACUACGACUCCCAGAAUGCAAUAAGCGGAUACGCCUGCGUACAACGCUCAGGAAAGUCCUUUUCUCCGCCCCCUUUCAUGACUUCAUUAGGAGGCGGAGUCUAGUGUCCCCAUUUUCUCCAGGUGCGGUUACCCGAGACAUGGCGAAUCCUCGCCCCAUGACUCCUCAGGCACCCUUUGAACCAUCGCAGCCCCCCGUUAUUGAGGGUUUUAGUCCCACUGUCUUUAGCAAUCCGGAAGGCUUCAAGGAAAAGUUCAUUCGCAAGACUCGCGAGAACCCAAUGGUCCCCAUAGGCUGCCUGGGCACGGCGGCCGCCCUCACCUACGGCCUCUACUGCUUCCACCGGGGACAGAGCCAGCGCUCCCAGCUCAUGAUGCGCACCCGGAUCGCCGCCCAGGGCUUCACGGUGGCAGCCAUCCUGCUGGGCCUGGCGAUGUCGGCGCUGAAGUCUAAGUCUGGACCCUGAGCCCGGAGAGCCCCGCAGAGAUCAUUCCCAGCCGCAGGAGCAGCCAACGGCCCUGCCGCCGAACUCAUUCCCUCUUCUCCCCCACCGCCCCCGCGUCCGUGGGGAGGAAGCGGCCAUUUGAUGUUUGUUGCUGGACUCUCUGGUUCGGUUCGGUUUGGGUAUUGCAUCCUUCUGUUUCUGCCGCUCUUUAUCCACUUCCUACUUAAUAAACUCUAA